GACUACAGGCUCCACCGUGCGGCUGGAGGACGGUUGCUUGGUAUUAUUAGCAAGCGGGAAGUAUGGCGGUGGCGCGCGUCGACGCGGCUUUGCCUCCUGGAAAUGGACCAGUGGUCAACUGGUCAGGACAAGGGCUACAGAAAUUAAGUCCAAACUUACCCUGUGAAGCUGAUAUUCAUACUUUGAUUCUGGAUAAAAAUCAGAUUAUUAAGUUGGAAAAUCUUGAGAAAUGCAGACGAUUAAUACAAUUGUCAGUGGCUAAUAAUCGGCUGGUACGUAUGAUGGGUGUGGCCAAACUGACCCAACUCAGGGUGUUAAAUUUGCCUCAUAAUAGCAUUGGCUAUGUGGAAGGAUUAAAGGAUCUAGUACAUUUGGAAUGGCUGAAUUUGGCAGGAAAUAAUCUCAAGGCCAUGGAACAAGUGAGUAGCUGCACAGCUCUACAGCACCUUGAUUUAUCAGACAAUAACAUACCCCAGAUAGGUGACCUAUCGAAAUUGGUAUCACUGAAGACCCUGCUUUUACAUGGAAACAUCAUCACUUCUCUUAGAAUGGCACCAGCUUAUCUACCCAGAAGUCUUGCUAUACUUUCCUUGGCAGAAAAUGAAAUCCGUGACUUAAAUGAGAUCUCUUUUUUGGCAUCCUUAACUGAAUUGGAACAGUUGUCGAUCAUGAACAAUCCUUGUGUGAUGGCAACACCAUCCAUUCCGGGGUUUGACUAUCGGCCAUACAUCGUCAGCUGGUGCUUAAAUCUCAGAGUCCUAGAUGGAUAUGUGAUUUCCCAGAAGGAAAGUUUGAAAGCUGAAUGGCUCUAUAGUCAAGGCAAGGGGAGAGCCUAUCGGCCAGGCCAGCACAUCCAGCUUGUCCAGUAUCUGGCUACAGUCUGUCCUCUCACUUCUGCACUGGGUCUUCAGACUGCGGAGGAUGCCAAACUAGAGAAGAUUCUGAGUAAACGGAGGUUUCACCAGAGACAGUUGAUGAACCAAAGCCAAGGUGAAGAGCUGGCUCCUCUUGCUCCUGCUGAAACAAGAGCACCCCUUGUACCUGAGCAUUCAAGCCCUGUUCAAGAUGGCCAGAUAGUCCAGGAAAGUGAACCCGUCAUCCAAGUCAAUUCUUGGGUUGGGACUAACAAUAAUGAUGAUCAAUUAUGUGCUGUUAAGAAUAACUUUCCAGCCUCUGUACACACUACAAGAUAUUCCCGAAAUGACCUGCACUUGGAAGACAUACAGACAGACGAGGACAAGUUAAACUGUAGUCUUCUCUCUUCAGAAUCUACUUUUAUGCCAGUUGCAUCAGGACUCUCUCCAGUAUCACCUACAGUUGAGCUGAGGCUGCAAGGCAUUAACUUGAGCCUAGAAGAUGAUGGUGUUGCAGAUGAGUCUGUGAAAGGGCUGGAAAACCAGGACUUCAAUAAGGCAGAAGAGAAGACUUUUUGGACUGCAAGUGAGAAUUCUGCUCAAAGGAUGGAAAGUGCUGUCAGUACAGAAGUAAGUGAGAAAGGUGGGCUGUUACCUUGUCUGGAGUCGACAGUAUCCAAUGCUGUCUUGAAGGAUGACACCCACAGUCUUACAUCCUUUCCUGAGUCAGUUGGACACAAUGUCUUCCAUACACGGCCAGACAGUGAAGAAACCAUGUCUCAAUCAACUUCAGAAAAACCUCCCUGUGGAGUUUUAACCCAGAGAUCUGUUGCUUUGGGACAAGAUAAAGUUGCCCCUCAGAAAUUGAAUGAAGCAGCUACCAAACUUCAAGCCUGUUGGCGAGGCUUUUAUACCAGAAACUACAACCCUCAAGCUAAAGAUGUGCGUCAUGAAAUCCGGCUUCGAAGAAUGCAGGAGCACAUUGUUUGCUUAACUGAAGAGAUAAGGAGAUUGAAAAAAGAAAGAGAUGAAGAACGCAUUAAAAAGGUUGUGCAAGAAGAGGCUGUCAGAUUCCUUUGGAACCAGGUAAGGUCUUUACAAGCUUGGCAGCAGAUGGUGGAUCAGCGUCUAAGUUCCUGGCAUACUGAUGUUUUUCCUAUAUCAAGUACUCUCGUGCCAUCUAAGUCUCCAUUACUCACCCAAAGUCAAGAGCCCUCUUCUGAUCAAAAUUCUGAUUGGUUCAUUGCACCUGAUGCGGCUCCUCAAGAGAAAUCCUUACCAGAAUUUCCAGACUCUGGUUUUCAUUCCUCCCUAACAGAGCAGGUUCACUGUUUGCAGGAUUCUUUGGAUUUUGAAAAAAGUUCCACAGAAGGCAGUGAAAGUUCCAUAAUGGGGAAUUCCAUUGACACAGUCAAAUAUGGCAAGGAGUCCGAUGUAGGGGAUGUUAGCGAUGAACAUGGUGAAUGGAGUAAGGAAAGUUUAAACAAUGAGCAGGAUAAUAGUCUACUCGAGCAGUAUUUAACUUCAGUUCAACAGCUAGAAGAUGCUGAGGAGAGGACAGAUUUGGAGGAAGGGACAGAAGAUAGUAAGCUUCAUAUUGCUCCUUCCCCUGAAAAGUUAGGUGCCUUGUCUGGCGGGGCUUCUGUAGAUGAUUCUCAUGGUAUAUCUCCUGCUUUGCAAGAUGAGAUCAGCCAGGCACCAGAAAAUUGUCAGUUAAAUGCUGAAGUUCAAGGGCAGCAGUCAGACUGUGAUUCUACAUUUCAGGUACUCCAUGUUGGUAUAACUGUGUAGCAUGUUUGGUUUCUUGGGAAGCAGAAAUUUACUUUUACUAUUUUCACUUGCAAUUUUUUUUUGAAGGGGACUAUCAUCCCUGUUUAUUACUAUGUGUAUAGAAUUUGUAUUCUUGUCUCAUGUUUCCAUAUUCUAGAUACUGAGCUGAACCUUUGUUUUGAUUUUGUGAGCUCUUAGCUGUAAUCUAUCAAAUGAUAUUUAUAUUGAAAGUUAUAGCACUUUAUUUCCCAACAAUUGAAUUGCAUCUACAGUGUUCCUGUUUUUCAGUGUACUCAUUUCCUUUCAAAAAUAAACUAGAAUAUCUUCAAGAAAAUAGAAGAGUUUUCCUUAAAGAAGGAAAUAAGAGCAUUUAGAUUUUUUCUAUAUGUCAGGAGAUAAAUGAUGUAGUAAGGAAUACAGUUUGUUAAAGUGAAUAUAAAUGAACUCCAGAAAAUUUCCAGCCUCCUUGGAAUAAGAAUAUAUAUUUCUAAGCCUUUUUUCCUCCGUUAUGAGUCAAGGAAGGCCUUCUUAUCUGCAAAUACGGAGAAAAAGUAAGAUUAUAGGGUUUGUCAGAGGAAUUGAUUAAAUCACCACAUGGAAAACUUCAGUUAAUGUCAUGUGUCAGCUUUAACAUCUGAAGCAAAGUGUUCCAUCUAGAAUUAAAAUCAAGCUUCCUUAAAGAGGCAGUACAAGAAUAUCUCUCCUGGUAUGAAGACAGCAGAUGCUAGGCUCCAUUCACUUGGAAUAAUGCCACAGCAGACAUUAUCUUUUCAUUCAGUGCUUUUUUACCCUACGGAUAAGCACUGCUGUGCCGACACAGUAUACUCAUCUUCUCCGAUCCUGCUUUAUAUUUGCUUAUGUAUUUCACCAAAAGGUCCAUGGCCGUUUACUUCAUUUUUUGACCUUUGCCUCCUAGUGAAGAACAUUUAAAAUAAUAUUAGUGAUAGAAUAUUAAUGACGUUUAUAAAGGACUGUUUUCUAGACAAAUCUCUGAAAAAGUGCCACAUUUGGGACACAGUUUAAUGGUGGCUAAGAAAAAAUAAACCUCACUUAUUUCUUGUUAAGAAUAUAUAUCAGUAACUUCAGGAAGAGAUGAUAAUAUUGUGUUUGAGUGUUAGAGAUGCAAAUCAAGGAAGCUUGAUAUUUUAAUCUUUGAGAAUGUUAAGUAUCACUGAACUACACGUAUCUAAUUUCCCCUGAUCUCUGGACAUACAACUAUUUAAAACUAUGGCAAUACGUAAGUGUUAUCUAAAUUUAGGUGCUAAAUACCAAAAUUCAUUUUUCUGCUAUGGUUACUAGAUCCCCUUCUUUGAAGUUAUAUAAAAUAAUAGCUUUUGAUCCUUCAAGAAUAAAGUCAGGAAUCACAUGUUAUACUUGGUUGAUAGAUAGAAACAUUUCUCUAGUGUGGGUAAAAUGUAUUUUUCUCUGUUUAUAAAUAUGUAGCUCUCAGGUUGAGAAGACUUGGAUUUCAUUCUCAGAAAUCCAGAAUCUUUUGAAAAGGAAAUAUUUUCUGUCUCUUAUAAAUCAAACAGACGUCUUACAUUGAAAAUUUUCCCUCGUGAAGCAUGUGUAACAUUGAAUGCAUGUUAAUAAAAAAAGAAUUUUUUACUUUUUGAA